AUGGGCGGCCAUGACGGUAUCUUGGUUGUUCUGGAUGUGAUGCAGGAUGAGCGCUUUGAACCUUCGGGGUUGCAAGCCGGGCUAUCAGAAGUGCGCUUUUGUCUGGCGGUUCCAAUAAUCAGCCCACGAGGAUAUAAGAUUGGUGCGCUCAGCGUAAUGGACAGCAAGGCCAGAUCAUCAGGUCCCGAUCAACACUCUCGUCAGUUGAUGAAGGACAUGGCUGCGACUGUGAUGGAACACUUGGUAAUGAAAGAAGCGGCAGUCAGCAGCCGCCGAGCAGAACAUAUGAUUGUUGGACUUGGCAGUUUUGUGGAAGGGAAGACCACACUUCGCGAUUCUUGGCCAGAGGCCCAUGCGCAGUACCUUGCCGCAGAGAAAUCCGGGGAUUCUACAGAGGGCCGGCUGAAUAUUGAGCAGCAAGAUUUACAAGAGCUUGCAAAGGAAACGGACACGAAAACACUCACCAUUCGAGAACCAUCCAACAAAGCCAGUCGUUCUUGUACCAAGAGUUAUGACCCAGACAGCUCUAACCAGAAAAUGCAAGUCAGCCAGGCAGGCAAUGAUCAGAAACCUGGGAUAGAAUUUUCUCAAGACAACAACUCUGCGCGAGCCACACUCACAGGUAGUGGCCUGAUGGAAGACGCCCUCCCAUCCAGCAUCCGAAACGUUUUCUCGCGCGCAGCAAAUUUACUCAGGGAGGCAAUCGGGGCGGAAGGGGUGAUGUUUCUUAAGGCGAACAGCCAGCGCUUCGGAAACCUAGUUGAUACAUCCAAGCGCAGGGUGUCUGGCUCCUAUUCCGAUGAUGUCAAGUCAAGCGGCGACGAUAGCACGGGAUCAGACCGAUCACUUCGCCGACCUAUUUCCGACACUGAUCAGGAUUCUGAUAGCCAUAGUCCGAGAGUGUCCGAAUGCUUAGGGUUUUCCAGCUCAAGGGCGUCGAGCAUCAAUGAGGAGGCAAGAGCUGGUCAAGCAGUGAUGGUGCCAGAACCACUAUUUACUUCCCUAGUUCACCGAUACCCUCACGGUAAGAUCUUUUCUUACAAUGCUCAGGGAUCGGUUUCAGAGGACAGUGAUCGUCGAUCCCAGAAGGAUUCCGGGUCCGAAAAUGAUAUCGCGGAGCAUGGACCAGCGAGCAAACGGAGACGAAGACCAGCCUUUCAGCGUCAUGCCGAUGAUUUGAUCAAAAUAUUUCCCGGUGCCAGGAAUAUCCUCGUUUUACCUAUCUGGGACUCGGACCGAAAAAUAUGGUUUGCCGGAGCACUGAUCUGGACAAAUGACUCACGCCGGAUUUUCACAUUGGAAAACGAACUCGUAUACACAUUAGCCUUCACUAAUAGUGUAAUGGCUGAAAUUCGUCGGAUUGAUGUGGAAGUAGCAGAGAAGGCCAAAACCAACCUCAUCAGCAGCAUCACACACGAACUCCGAAAUCCACUGCACGGAAUCCUGGGUACGGCCGAUAUUCUGAGUGAUACAGCCAUGAAUGCACUUCAGCAUGGGAUGGUUCAUACGGUCGAGUCGUGUGGUCGUACUCUGCUGGAUACUAUCAACAGCCUGCUUGAUCUGACAUUUAUCGAUCAAUACAGGAAAGGUGAUACCUCUCGAAGCAGAAAAAAUAGAAGAAAGUCAACUGUACCACGGAACAUGCCCCUUGGUGAGAACCCAUCAUCCUCUCAUGUUGAGCUGGAUGCUGUUCUCGAAGAAGUCACAGACUGUGUGUUUGCCGGAUACUGCUUCUACAAUAACCCACAAGCACCUCCCCCCGCCCUGACAGAGUCUUCAUCGCGGUCUGCCGGCCAUACUCACCAGGCAGACCCUGUUGGUCCCCGAGCCUGUCAGGUUACGGUCAUAUUUGACAUUGAGCCCGGCACAGAGUGGGACUUUGACACCCAUACUGGUGCCUGGAGACGCAUUCUUAUGAAUAUCCUUGGGAAUGCGCUCAAGUACACACCUUCCGGAUAUAUUUAUCUCGGAUUUAAAUCAACUUCAAGCACCAGUGCUACCUCAAAAAGGCCUCCUAGCAAGCAAAAACAAGGUUUCGAUGUGACUAUCACCGUAAAGGACACUGGAAAGGGUAUCGGGCCGAAAUUUCUGCAAAACGAUCUGUUCAGCCCAUUCGAGCAGGAGGAUCCUCUUGCCCCCGGCAGUGGGUUAGGAUUGAGCAUUGUUCGCCAGGCUGUUGGUCUUCUUGGUGGUUUUGUUGAAAUUGAAUCCACCGUUGGACAGGGCACUCAAAUCUCAAUCCACGCACCACUGACCAAGUCAACUGCAGUAUCAGAAUCUUCAUAUAGGCCCUUCCUUUCCUUGAAGAACCUUACUGAAGGCAAGAGAAUCGGGAUCCUAGGAUUCGGACAGUCCCUUCGUUCACAACGCGAUACGGCCUUAUAUUCGUCAUUGGAACGAAUGUGCCGUGAUUGGUUUGGUCUUGAAGUGACCAACCUAUCGCCAUCAGAAGGAAAAAACUUUUGUUUUGACUUCUACCUGGCCCUCCAGACAGAGCUGGACUGCGAGGACGUUGAAGGAAGAGACCUAUUCGGUCUUGCCCGCCGUUUCAAUAUUGGUGAUAUACAUAAUUCACCAGUUAUCGUCAUCUGCCAGUCACCGGAGGAAGCUCAUCGCAUGUUUGUUGCUUCUAGGAAUCAGAGCCAAACAACAUCCUUCGAGUUUUUGAGCCAGCCUUGUGGACCUCGAAAGCUAGCUAGGGCAAUGAAAAUGUGCAUAAAUCGACAACGUGAUCAGCAAAAAGGUCGCCGCGGCAGUGACGAGCCAACUCAUUGGGUAGAGGUGCCUGAAUCCUCCCAUUUGCCAGUUAACAUUGAAGCUAGUGAUCCUCCCCAAGAUAGGAUGAAGAUUAGCAAGCGACCAACCGCAGAUACAAUGGGAAGCCAGGGGGAUGGAAGUUCCCCAGAAACUGAAGGCCCAAGGGUUGAUCAUCAUCAAACCUCUCUGUCAAAGUUAUCUCCUCAGCGUGAGGAAGGGGCACCGGGUGAAGGAAAACAGGAUCCACAAAAGCAAUCUGUAUUGCUUGUAGAUGACAAUGAUGUCAAUCUCCAGUUACUUUGUGUCUACGUUCAGAAAGAUGGUUUCACAUACAAGACCGCUAAGGAUGGAGCCCAGGCUGUUGACAUAUAUAAGGCCAAUCCUGGAUCAUUCCAAGUCAUCAUCAUCGAUAUCUCAAUGCCCGUAAUGGAUGGUUUCAAAGCAUCAAGGGAAAUUCGACGCAUAGAGAACGAGUAUCGUGCCAGGUUGGCCGAAUCGGAUCGACAAAACCUUCCACCUACGGUCAUAGCCGCUUUGACUGGGCUUGAUACUGCUGGUGCUCAAAAGGAAGCGUUGGGCUCGGGCAUUAACACUUUUUUGGUGAAGCCUCUUAAGCGAAAGCAUUUGCAAGCUAUCCUGCGACGCGAGAUUUGGCCGGAUUCCCCAUGA